AGGUUUUCAUCUUCUUGUGUUUAUCUUUAUCCCCGCCUAAUCAAUCUACUUACAAUUCCCACAGCUGCAGCGUACUAUUGUGCAUAUUCUUGUUGAGGAUGUUGAUCAUGAGGUGUUACGUGUAAGUAGCCGGAACGUGUAAGUACCUGGAUACACCACCUUGCAGAUCUUUAAGUACGUGUAGUUCAUCUUCAAGUUGUACAUAGAGAAACAUAGAAUCCCUAAACCCUAAACCCUAACCGACGAACUAAGAAAUUCAAAUCCGUUUUUCCAAGAAAACAUCGAUCAGAGAACACCAUGGGCAACUCUACUUCGUGUGCUGGAUGUCAGGAUGUGGAUGCAAAUGACCCGAGGCUGAGAUCCUAUUACCGAGAAAAGUCCCGCAUCAGACGGCGUCAACAAAAAGCCGAUGGCAUAGACCAACCUACGACACCAGUCAUAAUCCGAAACAGCGACUCGUAUCUCCGAAAAGCAGACCGGUACUUGGACAGACAUGCUGCAAGCGACUUGUCUUAUGACGAGAACAAAAAUACUUUUGAAACUAUUAAUACCUUACAACAGGCCCGCUCAGGUGGAGGUGGUGUACAAUAACAAUGAUAAUGCAUUAACCUCUUUCUUAUGAUGUUUUUUUAGUUACUACAGGUAGUACGCCUACGUUUUUUUAGUUACUACAAGUAUGAAUGGUUCCGGUAUUUGGUAACCUGAAUUUGAUCAUAAGGGAAAACAAGAAGAGAACCCUUAGGAUCCAACUCAGGUUACCAAAUACCAGAACCAUACAAAGUAGUACGCCUACGCUGCCGCGUCAUCUCUGAUCUCUUAUCCUUACAGGUAAGGUCUACUACUUCAAAAAUCCCAACAUUUCGCUAAUUCUCGCUCACAAACACUCGCUUGUCCUUCACGUAUGACACAUCCGAAAACGAUGGCGCUGGCACAGAGGACUCACCUGUCAAAGAGAUACAAAUCCGAGACUCUAGGUCAAAACGUUCAGCGAGAAAGCGAAAGGAACAAGAGCAGGGAUGGCUGGGAUGUUGUGGUGUGCAAUCUACGUGCUGUGGGAAUGGCACGUCGCCGCCAAGAGUGAGCAGGAGGAGUGGUAAGUCCCUAGCUUUCCUGGUUCAUUUCGAAGAACGGGAUAAAACUUGAUUAGGAUCAAUUAUUUUUAUGACUCAUUAUUUUGUUUCAAAUUUUCUUCAGGUGUACUAGGUAGGUUCAGACUUAGCUCGUUGUUGUUCAUUCUUAUUUAAGAUGAUGCAUUGAUUUAAGUACAUCAUUUUUAUACUCUGCAAAAAUCUGCAAGCCUCUUCAUGAUCUUACAGCAUUAGGCGCUUCCCGUGGCAACAUCGACGAGUUCGAUCCAGUCGCUUAUUUCGUCACCAACGCUUCUCCCGCGAUGCCAAGCUCUUCAGUAACAAUCGACAACUUCCAACAUGCUGUCCCACAUCCUCUGAAAUUGCACAAAACACUAUCCAAGAGGGUCGCUGAAGGAGAACAAGAAGCAACGUCUACUAUGGCCACUUUGUUUGGGAGUAGAAGUGCCCAAGAUCACGUGGUGGAUCGAGUAGGCGGAGAAGAGUCUGACCAUCCUAAAGUUAAGGCUACAAGAAAUCCAUCUUCACGUGCAUCCUCAGACCGUUUUCAAGGGGAAAAAGGUUCUAAGAUGCGUUUCAAGAUGGAUUUCUCUUGGGUCUAAUAAAGAUGAACAUGGUCAUGGCCCAGCAGUCCACAAGCCCUUUGAUGAAGCGAUUAGAGUUAGCAUCUCGAAACAAACGGUGGAACAGGAAGCUGCGGCAGCGAAAAACAGACCUAGUUUUCUUGCAAGGCUAUUUGGUUUGGGUGGCGCUGGCGGUGCAAAAGACGAGAAAAAGACUUCCGGGCAAGAUAGUUUGUCUGGCACUGUAUCAGGAGCACCGGGAGGCGAUCAACUAGCACCACUUCCAGUGGUUGGCCUUGAAGGGACAGUAGUAGAAGCGUCUCUAGCUGCAACGACAGCACCUCUGCUUUUACUUAGCGGGCAACGAGCUAGUUUGUUGACGCCGCCAGAGGGGGUUGCGAGGACAAGCCUGACAAGAGGUAGCCUCUCAUUGACUCCUCGAGGCGAAUCCGAUGGUUUUAUCACGAGAACUAGUUUGAUACAGCGACCUAGCUUAGGUGGCACUCCGGCAAUAGGUCCAAGAUUUUCCGGUACUGGUGCUGGUAUGACAACUCCCGUCAUGCAGCAGCAAGGACAACAACAACAUCAAGUUCUUCAGCAGGCGGGAUUUAGUUUCGCUCCUCCGGAGCUGCUCCAUCCUCACCUUCAACCACAACUGCCGGAUGAAGAUCACGUGAACGCGGCAGUCUCUAGAAACUCUAGCUCGUCGAUGGGACGAUCUAGAAGACAUCGAUCUGAGAUGGAAGCAAAAAGAGCAUCUUCGAUGGCUGGUCGUGUGGGGGGUGGUAACCAAGGACUAGCAGGAGGACACUUAUUUGUUGAACAGCAGCAAGGAUUAGCAGGACCUUUGUCGGUGCAGACGAGAGUCGUGUCUUUACUAGGUGCGAAACCAAUGGACAUCCAGGACCACGUAAAGAACGCGCUGAGCCCUCGGGGAAGCAAUAUUAAGCCAAAAGUCUCGUAGUCCUAGUUGUACUAAAAACGUAGGAUGUUUUCACAUCACUCACACUCACUCGCUUUAAAUUCACAAAAAUGCAUUUUCGAUCAUCUUCAAACUGUAGGUUGGCACCAUAUGUCACGACCUCUGGAGUCCUCUUCUAAUACAAAGGACGCCCCUGCUCCCGGACAGAUGAAGCUAGGACCCAGUAGCGGCAAUUGGUGGCUUUCCAAUGGCGUCAAGCUGCGUCAAGCUGCUGAAGACGAUAACCGCAGCGCCACCUCUGACGACGUCAGACGCAGUUUGUUGCAACAAGAGCAGCCUGACGAGAUGCCAAGAGCAAGCGCCCGUGAAGUUGAGGUGGAAACAGACUUGGAGGAUCUCACCGGCUCUCGUCUAGCAGAGCCGCCUGCUACUGGUGCAUCAUCAAGUCUUAUGCGGAUGGUCGAAGCUAACCCGAACAAGAGGGGCAGCUAUGCUUCGGCAUUCGCAGCUCUACCUUGA